AUGAUGAUCAAAAACACCAACAAUGUCCUAUCAUCAAUUCUUGUAAUAUUAAUUUUCACAUCAUGUACCAUUAUUCCAUCGCUGUCUGCUGCAGCACUCAAGAGAGGAGGAGGAGGAAGACCAACAAAGGUCAUUUCAAACACUGGUCCAACCGACGCCUACCAACAAACAUUGGCCGAGACCUUUAUUUUAAUGGCCUACAACUCAUACUGCGUUCAAUCUGAAAUCUUGGAUUGGUCAUGCACCAACUGUCAAAAACUUCCACAAGUCACAGUUGGUCAAGUCAUCUAUAGUAACAGUACCGAUACUCAAGCUUAUGUUGCUACAUAUAGUAAUGAAUAUGUUUACGUUGCAUUUAGAGGAUCAAUGGAUAUUGAGAGUUGGAUUACCAAUUUACAAUUUUUACAAGAAACUUAUCCAGGUGUACCUGAUGCACUUGUUCACUCUGGUUUCUACAAUGCCUACAAGAGCGUUCAACAACAAGUCCAAGUUGCCCUCCAAAAUGCAGUAAAGGCAUGUCCAACUUGUAAGCAACUCUAUGUCAUUGGUCACAGUUUGGGUGGUGCUUUGGCUUCACUUUGUAUGGCCGAUGUCGUUCAAUGGUUCCCAAGCAUGUACACUGAAUCCUAUACUUUUGGCAGUCCACGUGUCGGUAAUGCUUAUUGGGUUUCCUACUACAACUCGAUUCAACCAAACAACUAUCGUAUCGUAAAUCAAGACGAUCUUGUACCACAUGUCCCACCAAAGGGUAUCAUCCCCAUCUAUGACCACGUUCCAACCGAAGUCUGGUACAAAUCAAAUGCCACUGAAAACUACAAGAUCUGCGAUGAUUCUGGCGAGGAUCCAACCUGUUCUGAUUCAGUCAACCCACUCUUCUUUAGCAUCUAUGAUCAUCUCCAUUAUUUCGAUCAACAUUGUUGUUGUUGA